AACACAUGAAGUCAGAGAAAAUUCUGGUUGAAGUGAUCAAACAUCAGAAGUUCCAGAAGCAGAGAAAAGUGAUGCAGAUGCUGUCGUCGCUGCAGUUCUUCAUUGACAAGGCAGAAGCCUUCGCAACCGAGAGCGCGACGUCCGGAGCUGCGGAGGGAUCGGCAGCUCACACGCUGUUCAAAGCCAAUGAAGUGAAGUCCAGCUUCGAGAAGCUAAUCAAUAACAGGAAGACAAGACACAUGGUCGACGAUCUUCGCGAGCUGUUCUCGUCCUUUGACCAGGACAACAGCGGGGCGAUCGAAAGGGAAGAGUUGGGGCAGCUCCUGCAGUGCAUGGGACAGUCCAAGUCCGAGGACGAGGUGGAUCGACUGUUCAAUCUCAUGGACGCGGACGGGAGCGGAGACGUCGACUUCGAGGAGUUCUGCAUCGUGAUCCUUCAUAACCGAGAGACGAAGAAGAGUCUGGACCCGCGCUCGAUCGCAGAGCGCAUGUGGAAGCUCUUCGACAAGGACGGGGACGGGAGCAUCUGUCCGGACGAAAUGCUGGAGGCUUUCACCACCCUGGGCAAGAACUGGGACGUGGAAGACAUCCGUACUCUCAUGCACGAGAUCGACAAUGAUCAGAGCGGGACGAUAGAGAAGUCAGAGUUCGUGGAGUACAUCACUUCCAUCAUGAGCUCUAGCCACCAUUGAUCAUUUAACGAACAGUUCGAC